AUGUAUCUUAUCGUGGCCUGCACAUUUCCCUUCUCGCUGCCCUUCUGCAUAAAGGUAAUAGCAGAGUACGAAAGAGCAGUCAUCUUUCGACUAGGCCGAAUACGACCCGAUGGAGCAAAGGGACCCGGUCUCUUCUUUAUUCUUCCUUGUCUUGAUAGUCUUCGCAAAGUGGACCUCCGUACUGUCACAUUUGAUGUCCCGCCACAAGAGGUGUUGACAAAGGACUCCGUAACAGUGGCAGUUGAUGCUGUGGUCUACUACCGCAUAUAUAACCCCAUAGUCGCUGUGACCAAUGUUGAAGACGCCGAUCGAUCGACCCGCCUCUUAGCAGCCACAACUCUUCGCAACGUUCUUGGCACCAAAUCACUCUCAGAAAUCCUCUCUGAACGUGAAGCCAUCUCUUCCUCUAUGCAGACAAUGCUAGACGAUGCGACUCAACCAUGGGGCGUAAAGGUGGAACGUGUUGAAGUGUGA